UAUGGCAGGUACAACGGAAAGUACUCUUCUACGAACAGAAAACGAUGCAAAAAGGAAGAAUAUACAUUAUAAAAUAAAAUCAGCUGUUUGUAAAAAAGAGCUAUGGAUAGCAGUGCUGAUCGGACAAUCAUUAUCAUUUUGUAAUGGAUCCAGUGGCAUAUUUAGUGGUUUACUACAACAACAGAAUGUAAAUAUUCCAACAGCUCAGACAUUUGCAGUAUACGUUGCACUAGCUUUAAUCUAUACAACAUAUUUAUCAUUUGUAUCGGAGACUAGCAUAUUUACUAUUUUAAGAUUGAGAGGAUGGAAAUAUUUUAUUAUAGCUCUAUUGGAUGUUGAAGCUAAUUAUUUAAUGGUAAAAGCGUAUCAUUAUACCACCGUCACUAGUGUCCAGGUUCUGGACUGUUUUACUAUACCAACAGUCUUAAUAUUGACAAGAAUUAUUUUUAAAAUUCGCUAUCGUAUGUCUCAUUUUAUUGGCGUUGUAAUAUGUUUACUUGGGUUGGCAGCAUUAAUUGGAGCCGAUAUUUUGGUUUCUAGACAUUCUGCAGAAAGACGAGAAGUGUCUACCGUUGAUUUCACCAACUAUAAAGUCUAUUUGCCAUUGUGCGGAUUUAUAAUAGUUAUGGUUAUUUUAUAUUCAAUUAUGCCGAAAACUUUAAAAAAGAUUGGAGCGACUGCAGUAAACUUGAAUUUACUAUCAGCCGAUUUUUAUGCCCUUUUAGCAGGGCUAAUAAUCUUCAAAUAUAAAUUCCACUUUUUGUAUUUUAUCGCAUUUGCCGCGGUAAUAAUAGGAGUGAUUGUUUAUAGCAUCAAACCUGUGAACGAUGCUGACGAGAAUACAGAUAACUCAAAUAUUAAAAUGAAUGAAGAGUCAAAAGGACCAUUACACGCUGAAGCAGAUGAACCUUGGUCUAAUUUGGAAUAA